AUGCUAAGAUUCUCAGACGACCCUGCUCGGCGUGGACAUAAAAUUGUGUUCACGCAUGCGGAUCUCAAUCCGCGCAAUAUAUUGAUUAACCAGAGUAUACAACCAGAUGGAAGUAUUGGUUGGGGUGUGACGGGCAUUGUGAACUGGGAGUUUGCGGGGUACUAUCCCGAGUAUUGGGAUUACACGAAGGCGAUAUUUGAGGGGUUUAGAUGGACGGAACGAUAUAACGAUAUGGUACAUGGCGUAUUUAGAAAAGUUGGAGAUUAUUCUCGAGAGUUUGAAGUUGAGAAAAAGAGCUGGGGAAUGCUAAAGGAAUAA